ACAUCUGGACCAAAGUCACCUUGAGGAGUCAGAGCCUGUGACCAUCUCCACCUGGUUGGAGCCAGUGAUCAUCUUCAGCAGCUGAUAUCACAAGGAAGACUUAGGGACCUGGGAGCGCUCAGGAGAGUCUUUCCUGGAGACAUGGAGCUUGGGGGCCGAAUGCUCUGGGCCCUCCUGUCUGGCCCUGGGAGGAGAGGAGGCACCAGGGGCUGGGCCUUCAGCUCAUGGCAACCCCAUCUGCCUCUGGCUGGGUCAUUGAAUGCCACAGAGGUGGUCAGCCACUGGACUGCAGUCUUUGAGAAGAGGGGCAUCCCUGAGGCCCAGGCAUCCAGUGAGUACAUCGUGGCUCAUGUCCUUGGAGCCAAAACAUUUCAGAGCCUGAGACCAGUACUUUGGACCCAGCCCCUGACCUCUUGGCAGCUACAGUGCAUCCAGGAGCUGAGUAGCCGCCGAUUGCAAAGGAUGCCUUUGCAGUACAUCCUCGGGGAGUGGGACUUUCAAGGACUCAGUCUGAAGAUGGCCCCCCCAGUGUUCAUCCCUCGCCCGGAAACAGAGGAGCUGGUUGAAUGGGUGCUGGAGGAGGUGGCCCAGAGUCCCUGUACAGUGGGAGCCCAAGGUGGCCCCCUCAUCCUGGAGGUGGGCUGCGGAUCGGGAGCCAUCGCCCUCAGCCUGCUGAGUCAGCUUCCCCAGAGCCGAGUCAUUGCCGUGGAUAAAGGAGAAGCUGCCAUCUGCCUGACCCAGGAGAAUGCUCAAAGGCUUCGGUUGCUGGACAGAAUUCGGAUUGUCCCCCUCGAUGUGACCUUAGAGGGGAGCUGGGCGCACCUCCUGCCCUGGGGCCCCAUGGACCUGGUCGUCAGCAACCCUCCCUACAUCUUCCACCAAGACAUGGAGCAGCUGGCCCCUGAGAUCCGCAGCUAUGAAGACCCACUAGCCCUGGAUGGUGGGGAGGAGGGCAUGGACAUCAUUACCCACAUCUUGGCCCUGGCACCUUGGCUCCUGAAGGACUCUGGGAGCAUUUUCUUAGAAGUGGACCCAAGACACCCAGAGCUUGUUGGCAGCUGGCUUCAGAGCCGGCCUAACCUGUCCCUUGAUCUCGUGGCUGUGCGCAGGGACUUAUGUGGGAGGCCCCGGUUCCUGCACAUCCAGAGGUGUGGGCGACAGCGUGGCUGCCCCGCGGAUGCCUGGCCAGGGCCCCAGCCUGCCAGAGUGCCUGGCUGAUCGUUCUUCCUGGAGAGCCACUUGGAGGGAGGUGGUGGUACCUUCCACAACCCAGAUGCUUAUGACAUUUCCCACGGUUCUGCCAUUCUACAUUUCUUUACGUUCUAGGAUACUUGGGGGUAGAAGCAAGGGUGGGGAUAUUUUUCCUGGGGUGGCACAGAACAGGGGCAUCCAUAGUUUGGCCCAGAGCUGAGCAGACCCAGGUUCCCGGUCUGGUUCCAUCCCAUCAGCGUUGCCAAGGGCAGGUUGCUCAAUGUCUCUGUGGGUGGAAUUGCCUUGGGGAUGUUGGGAGAUAGGGCCAAUAAAGUGUCGAGAGACCAACAA